AUUAUACAGGGCGCAGUCACAUUUAAUAAUCCUUUGUUACCUUGAUAGAUGUUGAUAUAUCUUGCUACACAUUCUCGGAAUUUUAUAUCAAUCUGACAAUCAUGCCGACAUGUAUCAUUGUCGGUGCAAGCCGAGGCAUUGGCCUCGAAUUUGUUCGACAACUCCUUGCACGAGGAGACAGGGUCAUUGCUACUGCUCGCGGGGUUGCACAGGCCUCUCAACUGUGGUCUCUGGCCGGCAAAGCUACCUACGGUGCUUGUACUAUACUGCCCUGUGAUGUGACAGUGGAAGAAAGCAUUGACUCUUUUGUGAGAGAAGUCAAGAACUUGCCUGAUCUGACUAGAAUUGACUAUGUUGUUUUGAAUGCCGGUGUACUCAAAUAUCCAAACAGAGCAACAGAAAUCUCCUUUGAUGACUUUGCAUACCACCUCCACACCAACACAAUCGGACCUAUAAUUACCGCGCAGAGACUCCUGCAGACAUCCAUUCCCAUUGGUACCAUCAUGUUCAUGUCCAGCGAUUCAGGAUCGACUGCUCAAUUCCGCGAAUUCGAAGACGGGUUUGCUGCAUAUGCUGCCUCAAAGGCAGCACUUAACCAGAUGCUCCGGCACAUGGCAUCUGAACUCCGCCGCAAACAAAAUUCGACUAUCAUACUCGCUAUGCAUCCCGGUGAAGUAUCCACAGACAUGGCAAACGUCUCUCUAGACUGGGACGUCGAAGGAAUCAUCACCCCCGCCGAAUCCGUCGCUGGCAUGCUCCGCGUCAUACCUACAAAAAGGACAGCGCACAGCGGCACGUUUUGGACGUGGGAAGGCAAGGAAUAUCCGUGGUAGGAUCAUUCGGAUACUUUGCUUGAUUGUCACCUUCUCAUACGAAAUCCUGUCAAUAUUACAGCCUCCACAAGCUCCACAGUUUCACGAAGCCGGGUUUCGUCAAAGAGGACAGGGAGAUUAGAGCUAAGGGACAAAAGACGACAAAAAGACAAAAGAUAAAAGAUAAAAAGACAAACAAAAGAUAUGAGACAAAAACAUCAAGUAAUAUAGCAGUUGGAUGACAGGUAAUCAGACAUAUAAGGUAGUUAUACAUAGACCAAUAAAACGUACAG